AUGACUCACCAUGAUGCGGCUAGUGAGGAGCGCGCAGAACUGGCGCGGCGGGAGGACUGCGGGUGUCGCGGCGCGGAGAGCCGAUUCAGCGAACAGCGUUACCGGUACUCAGUCCUCACUUCCCUUUUACUUAGGAGACACGAACUGCGCAUGCUCGUAGAUGCAGACAGCUAUAACACAAUAACGAUUGCGACUGUUGCGUUACAGACUAGCUGUCUCCACGACGAAGAGGGAAAUUCAAAAUGUGCAGUGCAGUACUAUGAGUCACUAGACUAA